AGGAGGGGUUUGGGAACAGAGAUGCUGGCCAGGGCUCGGCCAUGGAAGCAGAAGGGGAGGGGGAAUGCUAGCCAGUUCUGAGACAGGACAGAGAUGGGGUGGGGACACGGUGGUGGAGCCAGAAUGGGUGAGUGAAGGGGUCAGAGCCUGGUGGAGGAGGGAGUUCUGGAAAAGGCUGGGGAGCCAAGGCCCAGCUGUGGGACCCAGCAGAGGAGACCUCAGGGGCAGCCAGCAUCCAUCCCUGUGUGGAGACCAGAAGGGGCCAGGCUGCCCAGGAGCAAGCAGAUGCGUCUGAAUUCCUGUGCAUGAGCACAGCUCCGCUAUCUGGGGACAUCAUGAAAGCCCCCCGGGGAUGGCUGGUGAUCUAUGUGCUGGCCAUAACCCUGGCCUCUACGGUGACCCAGGACGUGUGUCGAGCACCCAACGGGAAGGAUGGGGUCCCAGGGAAACCGGGGCGACAUGGGCGGCCUGGCCUCAAGGGGGAGCAGGGCGAACCUGGAGCCUCUGGCAUCCGGACAGGCAUCCGAGGCCUUAAAGGAGACCAGGGGGAGCCUGGGCCUCCUGGGAACCCAGGCAAAGUGGGAUACCCAGGGCCCAGUGGUCCCCCAGGGGAACAAGGUGCCUUAGGACCAAAGGGCUCGAAGGGCAAUCCAGGAAACAUCAGGGAUCAGCCACGGCCUGCCUUCUCGGCCGUUAGGCGGAACCCCCCCGUGAGCAGCAGCAAUGUGGUCAUCUUCGACACGGUCAUCACCAACCAGGAAGGCCCCUACCAGAGCCAGUCGGGCCACUUCCUGUGCGCCGUGCCAGGCUUCUACUACUUCACCUUCCAAGUGGUCUCCAAGUGGGACAUCUGCCUGAGCAUCGUGUCCUCCUCCCAGGGCCAGCUCCGCCGCUCCCUGGGCUUCUGCGACAUCCAUAGCAAGGAGCAGUUCCAGGUGGUGUCGGGGGGCACCGUGUUCCAGCUGCAGCGGGGUGACCAGGUCUGGGUAGAGAAGGACCCUGCUAAGGGCCGCAUCUACCAGGGUCCUGAAGCCGACAGCAUCUUCAGCGGCUUCCUCAUCUUCCCGUCUGCCUGAGCUGGGAGUUGCUCACUGCCACUGUCACCACCACCACCAUGGCCUCCUCCCUCCUCACCUGGGACCCCAGCUCACUCCCUUCUUCCCGGGCUCCUCUGCUCUACAAAAUGGGGUGCUACUGCUCUAGCCACCUGAGGCCCGGGACUGGCUCCUAGGUACCCGGGACCUGCCACCACUGCACGGUCUGAAAACAUCCUUACAGGCCUUCCUGAAAUAAAGGCCCAUGUUUGUCUUCUGGG